AUGCAGCCUGAAAUAAACCCAUGUAGUCCUACAUGUUGGGUAUCUCCUGAGGCUAAAGUCAAUGGUGCUAUGGCAGAAUUGCACAAGUGCACAUCCAAGGACUUACACAGCUCCAUGGAGAAAUACGUGGUGUUUGAUUAUCUGUUUCAUGCUGCAGUUAGCGCUGAGCAAUCAAACAUUGUGCAUGCUAUCAAAGCUGUGCAGAUAUCAUCUUCUCAUCACUCAAGCUCAACCCUACCCUCUUUUGACUUCCUUCGACUGUUAAGAAAAACAAUUGUUCGCAUUGAGAUGUAUGGAAAGAAGAUACUUUCUAGAAAGACUGAGAGUCAAAAGGCUUGGGGACAGCAUUGCAAUGCGCAAUGCAUUACUGAAGGUUUGGUUGCAGGCACUGCUGUCAUGCACACUCCAUGGGCCUGCAGCAUCAUAGACUACUUCAACAAGGAGAUUUUUGACAUCACCAGCUCAGACAAUCUCCUGGAUGAACUUAAUACUCCUGCUCAAGUUACUUAUGCACUUACAUCCCUUCCUGCUAUCUCAACAGUGGUCAAUGACAUCUCCAACUACUGUGCUUCCAUAUCUGUCAACCUAGGUCAAUCUGCAACUGCAACUGCACAGCUGCAGCUGGGUGUCAAUCAAUUGACCCUAGACAACAUCAUUGAGCUAACUGCAUUGGCAACUUGCAGUGCAUCUUCUUGCCAACCUCAAGCUCACACUGCUUCCUUAGACUGA